AUGUUUUCUUUCCUGCCGCGACCGCUGGAGAAUGCCUGCACCGAGAUCAUCAAAGCCUGCAAUGCAGAGGGGGUUGAAGAUGACGACGAUGAGGCAGACGAGGAGCAGGCUGGCCAGGAUCACGUGUUCUCCUUCUACGAUGAGCUCGCGCAGGAGGAGCAGCGAGAGCUGGACGACCAGUUUGAUCGAAUCAAUGCCCAGGAGUUCGAAAACGCCUGGGCUCAUAGCGUGGACGAAGUCAGCUUCGCGGAGCAAGGCAUCCAGACAGUGCCGCCGUGCCUGAUGAACUGGGAUCUCAAAAGACCUCCAAAGCUACAGCCAGGUGCCAACCUCACCAAGCUUUCCGAUGUUAGCGAGAGGAAGUGGACAGCAUGGCAGACCUUGGGCCUUGAGAUGUACUCCCGCGACAGGGUGGCGAUCGUGAUCAUGUCCGGUGGGAGAGAUUCCCGCAUUGGUGGACAAGUUCCCAAGGGUGCUUUAGAUGUGGGGCUCCUUUCGCACAAGUCGAUCUUCCAGCUGUACAUCGAGAGAAUUAGAAGGCUGCAGCACCUAGUUCAGCGGAAAUUCAAGAAGGCUGUCUUCAUUCCUGUGUACAUAAUGUGCAACCGCGACAACAAAGAAAUCAUUGAAGACUUCUUCCGUGAGAAUGAGUUCUUCGGUAUACGAGAGCAGGACGUUCUUUUCUUCGCGCAGGGAGACUACCCAAUCUGCGACAAACGCGGAAAGUACCUGCUCGAAGAAAAACACAAAAUAGCUGUGAACCCAAAUGGCAACGGCGGCAUCUUUCGAGCGUUGGUAGAGGAGGGAAUGGUCUCUGACAUGAAGAGCAGGGGUGUGACGAGCAUCUAUGUCUGCAGCAUCGACAACGUCCUGGCCAAGGUUGGCGAUCCCAUCUUCAUUGGGUUUUGCGACACUUGCAAGGCAGAUGCUGGCAUCAAGACCAUGGAGAAGGUGCUUCCAGAGGAGCACUAUGGCAUCUUCUGUUCCCAGCUCUACAGGGACGUCUUUGAAGACGUUGACGGAGACGGCAAACUUGAUUCUGUCUCCAAAGUCAAAGCAGCCGUCCUGGAAUUCUUUGAAAUUCCAGAGGACUUGAAGAAGCGCCGCAAGCAGGCAGGAUCUGGCGGGAUGCCGCUAGAACUCAGCGCCGGCAACUUGUCCCAGUAUUUCUUCAAGAUCGACUUUGUCAAAAAGGUUGCGCAGCUGCGCUGGAAGAAGUGGCAUUUCAUCCCCAAGGCUAUGCCUUACAUCGACCUCAAACUUGGUCAGAAGGUGGAACCGCCCAAGCAGGAUCGAAACGCCCGGCGGAUGGAGAUGUUCAUCUUUGAUUCCUUCCACCUGUGCAAAAGUGUUGUGGCUCUCCAGGUGCCGCGGACGGAGUACGCAUUGGUGAAGAACGUUUCAGGGCCAGACUCUCCGCAGACUGCUGUGCAGGCAGUUGGUCAGCUCCACCAACACUGGAUCAUUCGUGCGGGCGGAUCCUUUGUGGAUGCUAAAGUGGCCGGCGAGACUGAAGACCUGAAGUGUGAGAUCUCACCCUUGGUCUCUUAUGAUGGGGAGGAUUUGGAGGGUCAGUUUCUGAGACCUCUUGCAUUGCCUUUCUACUUGCCGUCACAGAUGGAGUUCACAGACUUCUCAGCAGCCACUGCUCCACUUGCAAGGAGACCUUCCACUCACUACCUGGAUUGGCAAUCAGACAUUGUCCGUCAUGAGCUGGAAGUGGAAUUGCACGCACAGCUGGGUAACGUAUUGGAACUGAUGGAGGACCCCUCCAAGUACGAUUACCAUGGGGAACGUGCAGUGGAUGCUGUGGAGACUCUGCCACCAACUCCACGUGACACAGGGCCAAAGAGGCCUGGAGCAGAGGCCACACAAGGAUCUAGCAGCGCUCGAAAGGAUUCCAAGCAGGCUGCCGCAAACGAUCCGACAGAGCCGCUAGCUUCACUUGAGGGCCCGCCUACAGAAACCUACGCUGACCCCAAGAAGACCAUCGCCAGUGAGAAGCGCCAAAAGUACUGGGGGCGAGACGCUGCCCCGACGAGCGCGCGAGCACCUCAAUCGGCACGAGCGCCGCCAUCUGCGCGGGGUGCUGCUGGCGCUGGCGAGCCAUCUCCGCGCGAGCGCGGCAGCGCGCGCGGUCAAAAUCAGGGCAGCGCGCGGGGCAGCGCAUCACCUGCUGAGUGA